AUGUUUGACACGUUGCAGAAAAAAGUGUAAACAACUUUGUGAUUGGUUACAAAAAUGCAAAAUUGAGAAAAAUUUAGUGAAAAUUCCCUGCCGAUGUAAAAUGCCAAGAGAAGCAAAGGAGAUUGUUGACAAGGGUUCAAAUAAUUGACAAACUUUCCACUGAGAGAGGUGUGGUUAAUGCCGAAAGCUUUGGGAAAAGAUUCGUUUCUUCCAAUAAGUAUUUUGACGCCCCCGGAAGGAGAAAAAUAUUCCUACAAAAAAAAAACUCGUUGAUAUCUUUUGUGGAGAUUCUUGGGGGCGAACGGAGGGUAGCUGUGUAGGUCAAGUGACAUGAAUAGCAUGGGAUGGGCCAUAAUCUUCAAGAUGGGUUGCAUCUGUACGCGUGAAAGUAUCGUCAUUAAUGGCACAAAGUACACAGUACUGGAACAAAUAGCUCAGGGGGGUUUUAGCAUCAUUGACCUUGUGGAGAAUUCCACGACAAAGACCAAGUAUGCCCUGAAGCGCAUGACCUGCCACGGGGUGGAAGAUCAGCAAAUAGCUCUUCGGGAAAUUCAAUUGAGCAGCUCAUUGAAACACAAAAAUAUCAUCAGUAUCAUCGAUCAUCAGAUAAAAGGAAAUGCUGAUAUUGUGAUAAAUGCAACAAGUGAGGUACUAAUGGUGCUGCCCUACUACAAGAAUGGAUCCCUGCAGGAUCACCUCAAUCAUCGAGCACGUUCGCGGGAUUUUAUGAAUGAAACUCAAGCCUUGCACAUUUUCCUCGGGAUCUGUGAAGGUCUCAAGGCGAUGCACGAAGCAAAACCCGAUCCAAUUGCCCACAGAGACCUCAAAACAGCCAAUAUUUGCCUUUCGGACACAAUGGAGCCCGUUCUGGUGGAUUUGGGCUCGGCAACGGAGGCCCGAGUGCAAAUCUGUGGGCAACAGGAUGCGCAGAAAUUGCAAGAUCUCGCCGAGGAGCGUUGCUCAAUUGUCUAUCGUGCCCCGGAACUCUUCACUGUGCAGAGUUACUGCAUGAUUGACGAGAGGACGGACAUCUGGAGCUUAGGAUGUGUCCUGUACAGUAUUUGCUUCUUCAAGUGCCCCUAUGAUCCGGUGUACGAGAAGGGUGACAGUGUGGCCCUUGCCGUACUCAGUGGGAACAUUGUUUUCCCCGAAGAUUCCCCCUAUUCGCCGGAUAUGCACGACCUCAUAACUUUUAUGCUCCGGCUCAACCCCAUGGAGCGCCCCUUUAUCUACAGUGUCAUUGAACGCGCCAAUGACAUUAUUGCAAAGUCAGAGAGUCGCCUGUGAUCUCCCCCAUCCGGCAGUUUUGUAGCAAAAGCAUAAAGCUCACAAAUAAAGUUAAAUAAAAAACUUUUUACCAUGUCUGAAAAAA